AUGGGCAGGAAGUUCUUCGUCGGCGGCAACUGGAAAUGCAACGGAACCUUCAAUGAGGUGAAAAAGAUCGUCAACAUACUGAACAAGGGACAAGUUCCAUCGCAAGACAUUGUGAAGUUUAUGAUUAGCCCACCGUAUGUGUUUAUUCCAGUAGCGAAAAGUUUGUUGAGGCCCGAUUUCCAUGUCGCGGCACAAAACUGUUGGGUCAAGAAGGGUGGUGCCUUCACUGAUGAAGUUAGUGCUAAGAUGCUAGUCAAUCUCGAAGUUCCUUGGGUCAUUCUGGGUCAUUCCGAAAGAAGACUUAUUUUGGAUGAAUCCAAUGAGUUUGUUGCGGACAAGGUUGCGUAUGUACUUUCUCAAUGA